AUGUCGACUCCAUCCACGGCUACGGCCACGCUCCCUCCUCACCAUCAAUUCUAUUCUCACCACCAAGCAUACCAGCCAUCUAUUUCAAACGGGCAGCUCACAAAUGGCUCCGGCCGGAUAGCCAAUUCGCUCUACAACGGCUACGCUAACAGCACAACGUCAAAUUCGGACCUGCGCCGAACCGCGACGGGCCACGCGCGACAGACACAGCAACUCCCGCCUCUUACCAACGGGUCCUCUUCGGACAUGAAUGCGGGCUCGGACCGCUCGAGCCAGAGAAGGAGAAACCCCGACUGGGCUGAUUUCUACAAGAACGGCCUUCCCAAAGAGGUCAUCGUGAUCGAUGACGACGACGAGGAGCCUGCUGCAUCCCGAGCACCGCCACGGCCAGUACCGCCGACAAAAGCCCUGGCCAACGGUUCCGUGAAGCAUGCGGACAAGAAGCGAAAGACGACGGCUUCCACGGCUCACGAUCCCGUAUACAACCAGAACACCUCAUACUCGACAACCCAGACUCCCUACUACGACUCGCCCCACCACUCAAUCUCGACCGACAGGACAACUUCGGCACUCAACACCACAGCCGCAACGUCGCUUGGCUCGCAGGCAAGCAAUGGGCAGCAUAUCUCUCCACUCGAGGGCGGCGUGGUCGGGCAGAAGCGGAAACGCACUAGGGCCGCCGCACAGGACGAGGCCAAAGAAGCCAAGCGAAGAGAACUUGACCACGAUGCCGAUCCCUUCAGUCUGUAUCAACCGCCUCCAAACCCAGUCAUCAAAGCCAAGGAUGUGUUCGUUCAGGUCGUCGCAGAUAAGUCUUACAUGAAGGACCAGAAGGUCGACGAUGAAGACGGCCAUUACCUUGUGGUUCCCGACGCCGACUUGACUGAGCGAUAUCAAAUCCUGAAACUGCUUGGCCAAGGGACAUUCGGCAAGGUUGUUGAGGCCUGGGACAAGCGGAAGCAGACCAAGUGUGCCAUCAAGGUCAUUCGAUCGGUACCCAAGUAUCGCGAUGCCUCGCGGAUUGAACUCCGAGUCCUCUCGACACUCGCGUCUAACGAUAAGCACAAUGUCAACCGCUGCAUCCACCUCCGAGACUGCUUCGAUUUCAGGAACCACAUCUGCAUUGUCACCGACCUCUAUGGUCAAAGCGUCUUCGACUUCCUUAAGUCGAACAGCUUCGUGCCAUUCCCGAGUUCCCACAUCCAGAAGUUCGCCAAACAGCUCUUUACCAGCGUGGCCUUCCUGCAUGAUCUCAACCUGAUCCACACCGAUCUAAAGCCAGAGAACAUCCUUCUCGUCAACAACAACUAUCAGACAUUCACAUACAACCGCACGGUGCCAUCGUCAUCCACCACCAGUAAUCGAACAGCUCGACACCGAAAAGUGCUCCUGGAUCCUGAGAUUAGGUUGAUCGAUUUUGGGUCUGCUACCUUCAACGAUGAGUACCAUUCGUCCGUCGUAUCGACCCGUCACUACCGCGCACCCGAGAUUAUCCUCAACCUCGGCUGGAGUUUCCCAUGCGACAUCUGGAGUAUCGGGUGUAUUCUGGUGGAGUUCUUCACUGGCGAUGCGCUGUUUCAAACCCAUGAUAACCUGGAGCAUCUUGCCAUGAUGGAAGCGGUAUGUGGAGGAAAGCUGGACAAGGAGAUCAUCAGACAAGUCUACAAGAACGACAGGGGGUCAUCUCGGAACUCUGCCUCCUCAUAUUUCAAGAACCAGAAGCUCGACUACCCAAACAACGACACUCCCAAGGCUUCGAGGAAAUAUGUCAAGGCGAUGAAGAAACUUCCCGAAACCAUUCCCCCCCACACAGAGUUCAACCGACAAUUUCUAGACCUGCUGAGAAAGAUAUUCGUCUACGACCCCAAGAAGCGAAUUACGGCGAAGCAGGCCCUGCAGCAUCCUUGGUUCAAGGAAUCUCUCAUGGAUGAUGGUACCGAAGCGCACAAGAUCCGGUUAGAGAGGGAAAAGAAGCUGCGGCAACGUCAAGAGGAGGAUCGUAGGUAUCGACCUGAGAAUCGAUUCUGA